CAGGAAUUACUUUCCUUUCUUUUUCUUGUUAGCAUUUUUAGAGCUAGAAGUGAGCUUAGGCAUCAUCUCUUACAAUGUCCCCAUGGAAUUUCUUGUGCCACGGGGAUCUGGAAGGACAAGGUCCUAGGUCAGGAAAACAGGGUGAAGGCAGUUCCUGCUUCAGGAGAGGUUUCAAGGAAAGGCUGUGCAGAUCUUAGGACGUCCGAGGAUGGCCAAGGAGUCAGUUUCCCUGUGAGGAGCCGAGGCCCAGAGACCGGGUAUGGGAGAGCACCCACUCCUCGCUCUCUGGCCCGGCCUGCCUUGCGCUGGCCCGUUUACUGCCCCGCUCUGGGCCUCGGUUCGUCCCUCCUGUAAAAGGAGAGACUGUGCUCUGGUUCUGGGAGGGGGAUGAGUCGAUGAAAAUCCAUAUAACAGAAAGACAGUUUGGGUAGAUGAGCAGACGGAGCCCUGGAUAACCAACCAGGGAGGCUACAAUAUGCAAAUGAAUGGAUUGCGGCUUUCCUCCUGGUUGGCUGAAGGGGCCCCGAUGUCACAAUGUGUGGGGUUUCUCCACUCCAAAGGAUUGUGUCUCUAGGGCCCCCCCCAAAUAAAUAAAUAAAAAAAUUCACGGACCAGACGGGUCUCUUAGCUCCCUCUCUUUGUCCGAACGGGGAAGAAACGAUGGAACCGCUUUACCACGCUGGGUCCAUCCUCAUGAAGGUGAACACCUUACAAGGGAAGAAGAUGGUGGAGCGCGGCCUCCAGUCCGGAGACUUUUCCCUCCCUCAGUCCUGGUCUUCCUGCCUCCUGCCGCCGGCUGACCUGGACAGCCUGCAGCAGAAGGUGGCCGGGGUACAACGGGAGCUGGAGGACUUUAAGAAGGAGGCACUGAAGGCCAUCCACUACCUGGAGGACGCCUUCUGCGAGAUGAACGGGGAGCUGGCGCAGCAAGGGGAGCAGGCGGCCCGCGUGAAGCAGCGGCUGAGGGAGGAGGAGGACCGGGGCGUGGUGCGCAAUAAGGUCCUCACCUUCCUGCUGCCCCGCGAGAAGCAGCUCCGGGAGCACUGCAAGCGGCUGGAGCGCAUGCUGCUGGGCUCGGGCCGGGACGCGCUCGGUGCCCCCAGGAAGAUCCAGGCAAACUGAGGCCUCCUCCCGCGCAAGCCCAGCUUCCCGCCGAGCAGCGAGUAGAAGACGGUUUUUUUUAAAUGGAAGGACCAACCCUAAGUCCCUGUACAUUUGCUCCCCCUUCCCCAUGUCCACUGCUUUCCUUCUACCUCAAUAACACCUUGCCGAGAGGCGAAAAGGCCCCAGUAUGUUCUUGGGGUGAAGCUCCGUUUGGCCAGCAUCACCACAGAAGGAGGCGCCCCAAUCCUCCGUCUUUCAGACACCUGUAACUUUCACCGUUAACUGUUUUCCUGUUUGUAAUGGUGACGUUGCUCAAAGGUAUAACAUGGUGUUUCUUUUGAA